AAGAAGAAGAGGUGGACAAGAUGAUGGAGCAGAAGAUGAAGGAGGAGCAGGAGAGGAGGAGGAAGAAGGAGAUGGAGGAGCGCAUGUCCCUGGAGGAGACGAAGGAGCAGAUCCUGAAGCUGCAGGAGAAGCUUCAAGCUCUGCAGGAGGAGAAACACCAGCUUUUCCUCCAGCUGAAGAAGGUUCUGCACGAGGAGGAGAAGCGCCGUCGCAAGGAGCAAAGCGAUAUGACCACCUUGGCAGCUGCCGCCUAUCAGCAGGGCAUGGCUGUGCACGCUGGGACCCACAUCCUCAACAUGCAAGGGAGUCCAGGUGGCCAUAACCGGGCUGGGACCCUCAUCUCAGCUGACCGAGCCAAGCAGAUGUUUGGACCUCCUGUUAUCACGACGCGGCACUUUGCUACCCAACCAGCUUUCCCGGCUGGCACCCCGGAACAUGGGCAGUACCAGGGCAGCCAGGCUGGGCACAGCCCCUAUGCCGUGGGCCAGAGCCAGCACACGGUGCCCGUCAGCUAUGCCAGCAGUCAGUCAAUCCGAGGCCCAUCUGCUUUCUCCACCAUGCAGUAUUUGUCUCAGCAGCAACCGGGUUAUGCAAUCCAUGGUCACUUCCCUGCUGCUCAGGCAGGGUUCAUUCCUCCAAGCACCACCAUCCCUCUUCAGAAGCAGUUGGAACACGCUAAUCAGCAGUCUGGAUUUUCUGAUUCGUCAACCCUUCGUCCGAUGCACCCCCAGGCCCUCCAUCCGAACCAGGGGCUCCUACAAGCCUCUCAGCUCCCCGUCCAAAUGCAGACCACCGCCAAGCCCAGUUUGGCCUACACUCACACGGCCCGGCCUGCUUCUCCUGGUAGCUUCCCGCAGCAGCCUCACACGUCUGGCUUCCAGGCUUCUCCGCAGCCAGCACCCCGGCAUCCUUUUAUACAGCACCCGCAGGGUCAGCGUUUCUACCACAAGUGAGCACCGGUGGGUGGACCCCAGUGGUUGCUUCAGCAUCCCACCCGAUCCCCAUCGUGCCCAAGGAAGAACGGUCUUGGAUGACUGGAUGCAUGGGACUACUUCUGUUCCCG